GUGAAUGAGGACUCUGAUUUGCCACCAGUCAUCCACGGCAUCCCUGAUCUGAAGGAAUCUGAUGGAGAACAAGUCAACAGGCAAAAGGAGAUUCAAGCAGGGAAGUUAGGGAAGAUUUCUUCAAGUACACAAGGAGAUAAAAGUGCAAGAAGAAGAGUUAAAGAUAGAGAUUUAAGUGUGCAUAGAGUCCUAAAACGAGCAGAGAAUCAUGAGUACCUUUGGGUACAGCAGGGAGCUAAAGAAGUACGAGGAAGUGGACGAAGACGAGCUGCUGGCAACUCUGUCCUCUGAGGAACUCCAGGAGCUGGAGAGGGAGCUGGCCGACCUUGAUGACAACAUCCCCAUCGGCCUGAGACAGAAAGACCAGACUGCCAAAACUCCAACGGGGACCUUCGACAGGGACUCUUUGCUGAAAUACUGGGAGGACGAGAACAAGAAGCUGGUGCAGGACGAGAGGAUGGAGUCCAAUGGCAGACAGGAGGGACGCUCAGAUAAGAGCAGAGGGGAGCGAGUGACUGUGACCGCCAGUGACGCCAGCAAGACUCCGGACCAUGACAGGAAGAGGAUUUCACAAAAGGGGAAGAAAGUGCAGAGUGUCUUUAGCAAAAAGGAUGCAAAGGAAGAUGAGGUGGAAAAGAAAGAUCAGUGUAAAAAAGAGGCUCAGAACAGAUGUAAAUUUCCUCAGAAGAACGGUCUGUCGAAAUGUUCGAGGAGUGAAUCGGGGAGGACUGAAACCAUAAACCAAAAUCUGAAUGCAACCACUGACAGAGCAAGUGGAAACCCGACAGUCAUCGACAAAACUCUGGAGCAGAUUCUGUGUGAUGAUCCCACAAUGAGUGAAGUCAACCUCAACAACAUCGAAGACAUUUCCCAGGAAACCUUACUUCGUUUCGCUGAGGCCCUGUGCACAAACACUCACGUCCACAUUUUUAGCCUUGCCAACACCCAUGCUGAUGACCGGGUUGCUUUUGCCAUCUCCAAGAUGCUCCGUGAAAACCAGUUUAUCAGAAACUUGAACAUAGAGUCCAACUUCGUGUCUGGCCAGGGUAUCCUGGCUCUUCUGGCGGCGCUGCAGCACAACAGAACCCUGGUGGAGCUUCGCUUUCACAACCAGAGGCACAUCUGCGGGGGGAAGGUGGAGAUGGAGAUGGUCCAGCUGCUGAGGGAAAACACCACUCUCCUCAAGCUCGGUUACCAGUUCGACCUACCGGGCCCGAGGAUGACAGCGACCAGCAUCCUGACGCGCAACCAAGACCAACAACGACAGAGGAGGCUCCAAGAGAAGACAGAACAGAGUCCUCCAGAGGUGUCAGCACAAGGUUCUGGUUCAUCUGCAGAAAAAAGACCACCAAAGAAGCCGUCUCAAACUUCUAAAACUGUUGAAAAUCAGAACAGAAAUCAUCCUCCUCCGUCUCUAGACCCGCCGACAAGGAAGAUUGCUGACAUGGUCAAACAGCACGAAGGCUCGAACAGUGUAAAGACUCAGUCAAACCAAAGGAAACCCAAGUCAAAGAAGCUCAAGAACGGUGCCAAUGAAAAGGAGAGCGCAGAUAUUCUCAAAGAUCUGAAAAACUCCUUGAAGCCGUCUCUGCAGAAGAGACGAGAUGAAUCAUCACAUCUGCCACCGCCGCAAAGGUCAAGCCGCGAUGACCUGAUGGCGGCAAUUCGUGGGAGCAGCAUCACAUCCUUAAAAAGGGUGGAUCUGUCACAGGCCUGAACUCACCUGCUGAUCACACUUGAACUCUUCUCACUUUGUAUUGAAAUAUUUUAUUUUUAUUUCACACCAAAUGUCACUUUUUAACAGCAUCUUAUUUAACUUGUCACACAGCUUAGCAGCAGACGGCAUUUCUGUGUAUUUCAGAUUGUAUUGUUGUAUUUUGUCUACUGUGAAUACUGAUGUGUAGAGGAAUAAAGUUUAAGAUUGACUUAGUCUACAUGUUCGUUGAAACUAAAUGCAUAAAUACUUUUCUGAGA